ACUGCAGCCCUAGCGGAAGGCAAUCGAUUUUGUAAUCGCAGCGCAAACAAAACAAAGUGGGACGCUCUUCUCUGUGUUUGUUGCAUCUAUAAUAUUUGCAUGGCCCAACAAUAAACAAUCUCUUCUAGAGAGUUGCGGUUACGAAGAGCAAACAAAAAACGAGCAGUGAAAAAUGAAUAACGAAGCCUCAUUACUGCCUACGGGCCAACAGCUAAGUGCCCACAACAUGUCCCCCGCCUCAGUUGCCGUAGACACGCCCUCAUCAGCAUUAACGGAGCCAUAUUCGUAUACGGAUUUUUACAUCGGUGUCGGUUUGGCCAUUUCCUCAUGCUUCUUCAUCGGAUCUAGUUUUAUCAUCAAAAAGAAGGCCCUGCUGCGUAUAAGCAGGCAGGGCGAGGUGCGGGCGGCAGCAGGUGGAUUUGGCUAUUUACGUGAAUGGAUCUGGUGGGCGGGUCUCUUGACAAUGGGUCUUGGCGAGGCAGCCAAUUUUACGGCGUAUGCGUUUGCUCCCGCCUCGCUGGUGACGCCCCUGGGCGCACUGAGUGUCAUCAUUUCGGCUGUGAUGGCAUCCCGAUUCCUUAACGAAAAGCUCAAUUUGUUGGGCAAAAUAGGUUGCUUUCUGUGCAUUUUGGGCUCAACGAUAAUAGUGAUACACUCGCCCAAGGACAAGGAGAUUGAGGAUCUGCAGGUGCUGUUCGAUAUGCUGCAGGAACCGGUCUUUAUACUCUAUGUCAUCUGUAUAUUUGGCUCGAGUGCAUUCGUUGCCUGCUUUGUGGCACCGCAGCAUGGACACACCAAUGUUUGUGUCUACUUAUUCCUAUGCUCCGGCAUCGGUUCGUUAACGGUGAUGUCGUGCAAGGCACUGGGCCUGGCCAUCCGGAGCACAAUUGCCAAUGGGUCGAAUGUGUUUUCGACGUGGAUGCCAUGGUUUCUGAUUGUCAUCACUGUCACCUUUAUUGCGAUACAGAUGAACUAUCUGAACAAGGCACUGGACAUCUUCAAUACGAGCAUUGUUACACCCGUUUAUUAUGUGAUGUUCACUACGUUGGUGAUCACGGCAUCUGCCAUACUUCUGAAGGAAUUCAAGGAUAUGCGUUUCGAAAAUAUUCUCGGCGAUAUUUGUGGCUUUCUGAUUGUGAUCACGGCCGUAUUUAUGCUGAAUGCGUUUAAGGAUAUUGAUAUCACGCUGAACGAUGUGCGCGGUUUGAUGCGUCCGAAAAUGCAGCGAGUCUCUCAGUUCGAUGAGGAGGUCCUAGUCAGCAAUAGUCUGAAGAAUCAGCGACGCUACUCUUACGGUUCCGGCGAUAUCUUUCGCAAGGCAUGACGCAAACAGCGUCAUCAAGUUUAGUUAUCUCCCAUAGCUCUAACUUGAGACCCAAAGCGAACAAUAUUACCAAACCAACCAAAAAGAAAAAAAAAAACAAUGAUGUGUGGAACCAUAUUCACCAUAUUUCCCAUUGACUGUUGCUUCAUUUUGUUAAUUUAAACAUUCAUAAAUUAAGUCCCUAGCAUUGUAGUGGAAGAUUGACCAACAUUGAUGUUCUUUUCUGAAAAGGGUAUUCGAUUAAAUUGUAUAUAAUAUAAGCAUUAUCCUUGCCAA